AUGGAGCUGUGCAGGCUGCUUCAAGUCACGGAUAUUGCCGGGCUUGUGUCCCAGGUACGCCGUCUCUCAGACUCCAGGAGAAAGGGCAUGGGGCGUGCCAGUCCUGACACAGCCGAGAUGGUGAAGCUUGCGAGAGGAGCUUUGGCAGCGCUGGAGGAGCUUCAUGGUGCGCUGCCACCAGAGAAGGCGCUGGAAGAAGUGCAAAGACUUUGCAUGAAGUGCACUGAGCAACAGGCCAGCGCAGGCACACUCAACUUGAGAAUGGCAGAGCUUGCAGAGACCAACAACUGCCAGGCGGACUUGCUACAGUCACUUGCUUCCGCCAUGAGAUGUUCAACGCAAGAACUUCUGCCGUGUGCUGAAGCGCUUGUCAAGCUGUGUGAUGAGCAUGUUGCAGCCCAUCGCAUUGUGACUUUGUUGCAGAAUCUUCUUUACGUGCAGAACAUAACAGACGUGCUCCCUGCCCUCAAGGAAGUGUUGGACGUGGCUGCUUUGCGACAAAAAGUGCUGGCAUGCAAGACAAGCUCAGGCAACGUUGACCUAGAAGCUGGUGGAGCUUGA